AUGAAUGUUAUAUGGAGGCGAAAUAAUAUUGCUCAGUGUUUAUUACGUAGCUUUUCAAAUAAACUGAGAAUUCAAUCACUACCGGCGUGUUGUUAUCACAUCCAAAAUGUUAACAAAAGUUAUUCAAUCACAAAUUUAACUCCACUUAAUUUAUCUUAUAAUGCAAUUCGUCACAAGUCUAAGCAAGCUGAUGCAGAUUCUGAUGAUGAAAAUGAAAUUUUUGAUGAUGAUACUUCCCUAUCAAGAGAUUCGAAAGUUAUAAAAUUUAAUACUACCUCAUUGAGAACUGAUGCCAUAUUAAAAUCUGCUUUAGGAGUAGCGAGAAACAAAAUAGAAAAACUAUUCUAUGAAAGCAAGAUCAGAGUUAAUGGCAAGAAAAUUUUGAAAAAGAGUUCACCAGUAAGAAUAGACUAUGAAAUAGACAUAGUAAAAAGUGUAAGUCCCAAAAACCCAGAUCAUUUAUAUGUAUCAAGGGUUGAAAUAUUAAAUAUAGCAGCAAAAGAGGAGAGUAUUUAUAUAACUGCGAGAAGAUUUAAGACAUUACUGAUUGAAAAUUAUGAAGAAGAUCCAUACAAACCAUCUACUUCAAGCGAAGAUCAA